AUGCGGUUCCACAGGAGAUGCGGUGACAGGGUCACCCUUUUACGAGAUAACCUCACAGCAGUGCGAAACUUUGUAGAAUUCAACCAUGGGUUAAUAUUGAGUGCAGAACCGCUGAAGGAUGAUGUAAUGUUCGAAGUUUGCAUAGAUAGGAAGGUAAAUGUCUGGAAUGGAAGUCUUGAGAUUGGUGUCACAACUCUAGAUCCAGAAUAUAUGGAGCUGCCCGCUACAGCUACUAAACUGAGAAACACUGCAUGGAUCAUGUCAGGAAGUUCAGUUGUGAAAGAUGGGGUGACAUUUGUUAACGCAUAUGGACCAGAGCUUGAUAGUCUUCAUGAGGGGGACUGCGUAGGAGUUAUGAGGACCAGCAAAGCGGAGCUAAUGUUCUUUGUUAAUGGGCGUUGCCUGGGUGUUGCGGCACGGGAUAUGCCACCACGAUUGUUCGCAGUCGUAGACUUAUAUGGGCAAUGUGUUCAAGUAUCCAUUAUGCACACCAAUGGCAUGAGACCUAUCAUGGAGUGCAGCCUGGAUCAGAUUGAAGAGGACCCGAACAAUGAUGACACGUUGACAUCGAGCGAGAUGGAUUGCGCCGCGUUGCCCGAGACCUCGUACCCGAAGGACCAUCGAGAUGUUUACGUUCCAAUGACUUCAGAUGGCGCUUGUGCUCUCGUGGCUCAAGACCGACUGAGGUUUCACCCGAGAUGUGGCAUAUUAGUCAAGCUGUCUAACAACAAUAAGUCAGCAGAACGCGCGCGUCCGUUGGAUGAUUACAACAACGGCGUGGUCAUGACCCAUCGUCCGCUAUACGAUGAUGAACUCUUUGAGAUACGAAUCGAUCGGCUCGUCGACAAAUGGAGUGGCAGCAUCGAGGUGGGGGUAACUAGUCACAACCCGGCCGCGAUCCGGUUCCCCUCGACGAUGACCAACAUGGAGUCGGGCACGGUCAUGAUGUCCGGUUGCAAAGUGCUCCUCAACGGGCACGGCACGUGUAUGGAGUAUGGGAACUUUAAUCUCGACGAGCUGAGGGAGGGCGACACCGUGGGCAUGAUGAGAAAAAGCAACGGCACACUCCACUAUUUCAUUAACGGAAUAGACCAGGGCGUCGCCACCGACAAGGUGGACCAGCAGGUCUGGGGGGUAGUCGAUCUCUACGGGAUGACUGUCAAAGUGUCGAUAGUGGAUCCGUACGAGGACAUCGACAGCAACAUCAAUGACUUCACCCCUCUGCCCAGCGUCUCGGUGCUGGCUGGCCUAUGCCAGCUGGCGCCAACCAUAGACGAAGAUAGCCUUUUAUUUCAUACGCUGCGUGCUUCGAAUGUUAUUAUUAUUAACGAUGGUAAGACUGCUCAUAGGCCUAACGCUUUUGAAUACUUCAAUAACGGGAUAGUGAUGACUAACCGAACGUUGAGGACCAACGAACUGUUCCAAGUUAGGCUCGAUCUAGUCAUACCAAAGUGGGCCGGGAGUAUCGAGAUCGGAGUCACGCAUCAUACAUCCAACGAGAUACAAUUCCCAUUCAAGAUGAGCAAUGCCAAAUCGGGCACUUGGGCCAUGACCGGCGAGGAUGUAAUACGGGAUGGCACCAUUAUUAUCCCGCAGUACGUGAGGAACCUAAACCGGCUAGUGGAGGGCGACACGGUCGGCGUUAUGCGGAAGGACAUGGGCAUCUUGCACUUCUUUGUGAAUGGUGUGGAUCAAGGGCCCGCAGCUUUCAAUAUACCCGAACAGGUGUUCGGCAUAAUUGAUUUAUAUGGGCGAGUGGCCCAAGCGACCAUAGUGGACACAUACGCCCCACCGCCAGUCUACUCACCAGAGUCGCCGCUCUCAACCGAGUCCAUCGCCACUUCGUUCCCGGAGAUGUGCUUCCAUCGGGUCCACGGACAUAACGCACGUCUAUCCCGGUCCCGUCUCACUGCAUCCCGGGCUACCGUCUACUCGGAGUUUAACGACGCGGUGCUGUUCAGUUCGCGACCGCUGCGGGAGUGCGAUAUGUUCGAGUUGCGUAUUGACAGGAUGGUUGACUGCUGGAUCGGAAGCUUGGAGAUGGGUGUGACAGCUAUUCGACCUGAGGAUUUGGAAGCCAGCGGAGGCGUUGGUGCUCUAGCUGGUACAGCGACAGACCUCAACUGGGACACCUACAUACUGAGCGGAGCGGCAGUUAUGAAGGACGGCGAGUGUGUACGUAGCGGAUAUCCGCUUGAUCUUGACACCCUCACUGUGGGAAGCCGCGUUGGUAUGAUGUGGCACGCGGACCGCAGCUUACAUUACUAUCUGGAUGGCAUGGACAUGGGGAAGGCGUGGUAUGUUCCUCACCUGAACAUAUACGCCGUCGUAGACCUCUACGGACAAUGCACUCAGGUGACAAUACUGCAAAACGAGGAGCGAGCGUUCAACUACAACGGCUGCACCAACUCAGAUAAUUCGUUAUUGAGUAACUCUCGUGCGUUGUCUUCUACACCGCCGCCAUAUUGGAGUUUCUCUGAGUACUGCGGAGAAAACAUCAGUCUGUUGCAUGACUACUCUAUCGCGCGUCGCCUUACACCGGACCCCAUGGCGGCUCUCGUCUUCAGCUCUGCUCACCUCGCUAUUAACGAGAUGUUUGAGAUCAAGAUCGUGGAGCGCAAGUACGGUUACGCGGGCAGCUUCCGAAUGGGGGUGACGGAUAUCAACAUACUGAAUGCGCACGUGAAUCGGAGCCUCCCACCUUCCGUCGCGUUCCUGCCUCACUACACCGCCUAUAUAGACGGUAAGUACAUGUGCUACUCGAAAGCGGGCUCCCGAGAUCACGAAUUACGCUCUGUGGUGCCGUCCUUCGAGUGGCUGAGACCAGGAGACCGGGUGGGACUGAAGAAGACCACAGACCAGCGGGUUCUUGUCUACUACAAUUGCGAGCUUAUGGACGUGGCAUUCGAACGGGUGCCGGAUAAAGUGUAUGUGGUGAUGGAACUAUUCGGAGAAAUUGUGAAGAUUCAGGCGGUGACGAGAGGCACCGUGGGCGCUAUGCCGCAAACGAUUUACAACGAAGACUUUAUAAAACGCGAAAUGGAGGCCAUCCAAGAGAUAAUGCUCUCGAAGUCGUGUAGUGAUGAGGCGCCCGAGGCCAGCAUGGAGACCUCCGAGAUCGAGCCGAUUGAGAUCGCCCCCGCACCCGAACCUGAGAUCCGGAAACACCGCCAGCCACUGCCGUACACUUUCCACUACGUACACGGAGACAACAUCAAGCUCUGCAGCUCUAAUACUGUGGCGGUGCGUACAUCGGGUUACAAGGAUGGCGUCGCCAUUGUCAGCCAACCGCUUAGAAGAGGACAGAGCUUCAGGUUUCGAGUGGACAAAGUGGACGAGUCGUGGGUUGGCAGCGUGGCAAUCGGUGCCGUUGCCACGUUGCCGGACGAGGUACCAGACCGUGGCACCCAGCUGGAGCCACCUGCCUGGAUUCUGGCUAGCGACGUCUGCUACGAUGACGGCGAUUACAUACGCACCACCACAUCGUGGGCACUGGACGAAGUGUCAGAGCAAUCCGUGCUAGCGAUCGAAUUCCGUGCGAACAGCGAGCUUGCUGUGGAACUUGACGGGCGGUCACUAGGUGUAGCUGGCACAGUGCCACUCGCACUUGCGCACGUGUUUCCAGUCAUCGAUUUAUACGGGAAGGUCUACCAAGUCUCGAUCUUGUUGCAUCCGCAUGUCUUAGGAUGCGGAGCUUCUUUAGACCUGCCGAGCAUUGUGGAGAAUCGAGAUGAAACUCUCGCCGAAUCUGACCUAACCGAGGACGAUAACCCGCCUCUCGAUCCCGAUUCUCUUCCCGAGACGAAACCGAGGCGAAAAGUUCGCGCUCACAGCCACGACAACCUGAUCGAAGACUUUAGACCGGUUCAAUCUCAGCCCGGGCCUAGCAAGCCGAAACCAGUUACGAUGCACCAAAGUCUGAUCCUCCCCUCCAUGUCUUCAUGCCGUGUCCACAAAAGCCACUCCAGUCACAACUUUGGGGAAGCGGAAACACUCAUGAAUCCAAGACAGCGCAUGCAUAGAUACAUGGACGAUCAGUUAAUCGAUGAGCAGUUCUGCGAUACCAAUAUACAGCAUAACGACCGCUACCCUGAGGCCAACGACGUUGACAACCUGGACAUCGAAAUAAUGGAUGCCCUUACUCUGGAGACUGGGAACUUACCUGAUCUGACGGAAGAACAGUCCUCCUCCAUAGACGAGUCAACACGCCGUGAUGACAUCUACUCAGAACCUCUCUCCGCUGAAAACCUUAACUAUUUGAACAGGAUACUUUGUCUAGACCAAGAUGGAGUGGAGGGGCAGAGUCUUGAGUGGGAGUGGGAGGCUUGCGGGGAGACGUGCGAACAUUUACACGUGGUGUUGAAGUAUUGGAACUAUCUGAUGCAACCGUACCCGGAACUAAGGAGAGCGGUUUCUUGGGGUCAGGUGAAGUGCUACUGCAGUAACUGUCAGCCUGAUGCGCAGCCACCUUUAGCCGGGUGGGUGCGCAUCGAGCGUAUCGACGGCGUGCGUGUGUCGACGUGUGCGUAUUGGGCGCUGGCACGCUCCACACUGGGGGUGGCACGCGCGCCCGCCGACCGCCCGCCCCGUCGCCCCCGUGCACUCGCACCCGCACCCCCGCUCGCGCCCGCGAUCUACGACCUAUGGUUUGACGAGGAGGGCAAACCACACCACACGGCUUUGGCGAUAGAGAUUGAUGUCGAGGGUUCUACACCAGAAAACGACCGUAUGUUAGCAUUCCUCAUUUACCUGAAGCCUCACGUGACCUUCGUGGAGGAUAGUCCCUCUAGCCUUGAUGAAUGA